GUACCACAAUACUGUUCAUAUACAGCAAAACCUCUAUUUGUUAAUCGGACGUACUAGGCGUAGGUCGUUACAACAUUAUUAAAAUGGAUUUUAUACCACCGAAUAAAGUGUUAAAAGUAAACUCAGACACAUUACAAUACGUACGAGAAGAAAUCAAUUUGGGGAAACCGGGUGAGAUGAAGAAUGCUGUUGAUAUUUUGAAAGAAUGGUUACAACAGCAACCCCAUAUCAAAAAGAAAAAUUUCACCGAUCAUUUCUUAGAGACGACGUUGGUAACAGCGAAGGGAUCCAUAGAAGGUGCAAAAAAGCAAAUUGAUAGUGCAUGUACUAUGAGGACUAUGUUACCACACUUCUUUGGUAUCACCGAUUUUACCAUAGACUUUGCGAAUGUCUUCGAUAUUGGAUUAGCCGUCGUUAUGCCAAAGCUCACAGAAAAACAUCACAGAAUAUUUGUGCUAAAAACUAAAGGGCCUGUCACGAGUUCGGCGCAGUUGCUCAACUUUUACAGAUUCGGAAUAUGUCUUGGAGAAUACAUGAAAGCACACGACUACAUUGGAAGCUAUCAUUGCAUUUUCGAUAUACGCUUGGCAAAUGUCUCUGAUAUUAUAAAAAAUUUGAACGUAAUGGAGUUACGUCAAAUUAUUACAAUUAUUGUUGAAUGUUAUGGAUUACGAAUAAAAGGAGUUCACAUUGUGUCAAACUCAAAGGUUGUGGAUACUUUGAUUGCUAUUUUGAAAACGCUAUUAAAACCGAAGAUAAUACAGCGGCUACAGCAUCACAAGGAUUGUGAUAGUCUCGUACAACUUUUUGGAAAGGAAUAUUUACCAGAAGAUUUAGGCGGCACUGAGCCAUCUGUAAAAGACUUGAGAGAGGCAUGGGCAGAAUUAUGGUAUACACCAGAGUUUACUGAGUAUAUUCGAGAUAUGAACAAUGCCAAGACUGACGAAAGCUUUCGGCCGAAAUGUAAAUUUAAUGAGGAAUAUGCGGGAAUGCCUGGAACUUUUAGAGUUUUAAGUGUAGAUUAAACAAAUGUAAUAAUUAAUAUAUUUUUACUUCUAAUAUAUUGAUACUUAAAUUAGCACUAGAUAUGAAACAUUUUUUAUUGUUUGUAUAUGUGUUUAUCUAUUUCUAAUAAAUUUUAUAUAAAAGUUUAAUAUAGUGGUUUGGGAUAUUAAGUAUAUGAUUUGUUAUAGAAAUAAAUAAUUUAAAAAAGGUUUUAGU